UUCGCCAACAAGUUUCCCAUCUUGCAAUUUGACACUGCGGUCUGCCACGUAGAUCGAACUUCCUGAAGACCCUGAAGUUUCCCAGGAGCAUCUCUGGCUGCAUUACCCGUCCUCCGGAGGUCUCACAGCCGGUAGAGUCCACAGCGGGGUCCGGUGGGAUCAGGGCUCCCCGUGAACACAGCGGGGGAGAGGACGUCUGUCUGUCCCGUUUAACAACAGCUUACAUUCCUGGACGGACAGACGGUGAAUAACGGCUCUGUCGUCCGUAACGCAAACUGCUCUGGGAUCUGUGAACGGGCUAUAAAGACAACCAGGGCGUCUUCUGAGAAAUGAAUCCAGACAUGCACAAUUUGACUGAAAUGUUCACGUAACAGGACAGAAGCAAUGGGUCGCUUCGUCCUGCUGUUGGCCAUUGUGGUGUCCACCCUGGGUGGCCUGGUCUUUGGUUAUGAGUUGGGCAUCAUCUCAGGUGCUUUGCUGCAGCUCAAGGCAGAGUUCAGACUGUCAUGUGUCCAACAGGAGGCUCUGGUCAGCUCUUUAUUAAUAGGAGCUCUGCUGGCUUCCGUCAUUGGCGGCUGCCUCAUCGACCAUCAGGGCCGCAGGAACUCUAUCCUCCUCAGCAACGUCAUGAUUCUGACCGGCAGCCUGGUCUUACUUAUCAGCUCUUAUUCUGCAUUGGUGGUGGGCAGGGUGGCAGUGGGCUUUGCCAUGUGUAUAUCCUCCAUGUCCUGCUGCAUCUUUGUAUCUGAGAUGGUUACCCCCGACCGCAGGGGCUUCCUGGUAACACUGUACGAAGCUGGGAUCACUGUGGGCAUCCUGGCAGCUUAUGCCAUAAAUUACAUCCUGUCUGACUCUAAAAGAGGGUGGAAGUGGAUGUUUGGAUUAGCCAUUGUGCCGACUUUGAUUCAGCUCGUCUCUAUCUGGUUUCUUCCAUCUAGCACUAAGGAAUCUAUAAGCCAAAGACAUUGCUUUCAAGCUGAAAGAGACAUUAUGAGCACCAUCGAAAUCCAAGAAGCAGAUGACUCAAAAGUCAGCUCCAGCAUAGAAAACAAGAAGGUUCAGUAUAGCAUUAUGUACCUUUUCCAGCGUAAGGACAACAUGAGAACCCGGACUGUCAUUGGCCUUGGUCUGGUGCUCUUUCAGCAGUUCACAGGCCAACCCAAUGUUCUCUUCUACGCCUCCACCAUCUUCCACUCGGUGGGGUUUCAGAGCAAUGCCUCUGCGGUGCUGGCGUCUGUGGGCUUGGGGUUCGUCAAAGUGAUCGCUACCUUGACCUCCAUGGUGUUUUCAGACAGGGUGGGCAGGAGGCCUCUGCUCAUCAGUGGAUGCUCUGUUAUGGCACUGUGUCUGAUAACCAUCGGACUCCUCAGUGGACAUUCGUUGACGAAUGCUAAGAGGCCUUGUGACUCCGAAGACUUCAGCGUUAACAGAACAGAUAUACCUCAUUUAACUGUUGGUGAUCGGUCGGUUUUUGAUUUAACUUUCCAUGAUAGCCAAAGACUCCUUAAUAACCACACACAAGGUGAAAAUGUAGUACUUGAUCGAGUUAGACAGAGACCACUGAACACUCCUCCGGCAUCUUCUAUUGGCGUCCAUGGCACAGUUGUGAACUGGAUGAUUCUUGUGUGUCUGAUGGCUGUGGUCAGUGCAUACUCCGUUGGAUUUGGACCAAUGACCUGGCUUCUCCUCAGUGAAAUAUUUCCAGCUGCUAUCAGAGGAAGGGCAUUCGCAUUCACCAACUGCUUCAACUGGGCUGCCAACCUGCUGGUCACAUUCACUUUCUUGAAUUUCAUCGAUUCGAUCGGUCUGUCUGGGAUAUUUCUUCUGUAUGGGAUGAGUGCUGUGGGAGCUGGAGUUUUCUUCUACUUCAUGCUACCAGAGACCAAAGGGAAGACUCUAGAGGAGAUAGACAAGGAGCUGCGUGUAAACAGGUUUUACCACAGUGAGGAGUGCUGUGGCUGGAGAAACACUUCCCAGCAGUACCAGAGAGUGCACUGUCAAGUUAGCACCUCAGGGUGACAUUACCAUAGGCAGGCAUCACUGUUGUUUGGUACACUUGAUAUAUAAAUAUAUGUGCGGUAUGUUUGUGAAACAUGUAAGUAGUGUGUUUUCUAGGUUUUAUUGUGUGAUCAUGUGUGUUGCAGUCAUACCAAGCUAUCAAUCUGAUAGUGUUAAGCAUUUUACAUUUUUUAUAACAUAGACCAGUGGUUGUCCACCUGGUGGUUGGGUUCCCCACUAGGGGUCACCAAAGCUUCACAGGGGGGGUCGCGAGGUCUUCUUGAUUUUCAGAGGUGUAGGAAAACUUAAAAAAUAUACAUAGUAGGCCUGUAUCUCAGCAUUUUGUUAAUUUGUGAAGAAAACUAAAUGUAACUGUUAUUUAUAAAGUUUAGAUUAUGAUUUAAGAUUAGACUUUGGAGACCUGAACUCAAGUUAUAUUCACAGAGCCUCCACUCUCCGAUAAACAGCUUCAUCCUGCAUUAGAACAUUUUAAACAACCAAAGAGCUGAUAGAACAAUGAGAAGAAAACACUAAAUUUGUCAAAAAAGAAGCCUAUGAAGUAAGUAUAAGUAUGUAGUAUUGUAUGUAAUCAAAUCAAUCAUCUCUGAUGCAACAUUCACAGAAUAUAAUCUCUCUGGCCCCAGGCCAGGUAAUAUGAAGAAACACUAUUUUGACAAAUCUACCACAUGAGCACACUAUAAAUUAAAUUAGAUUAUGUAAUACUGCAGGACCAGAGGUACCAGAGUACACACAUUCCUUACUCAAGUAGAAGACUCAGUAAAAGUAGAAGCACUGACUCAACUUCUUUACUAUGUUCCAUCUUGUUAGGUCUUUUAUGUUGUUUUGGUCCUGUUGCGUCUGGUUUGCAUGAUAUGCACUAUGAGCUAAGACUGUUUUUCAUAGUGGGCCUCUGAAAAUUUGACAGAAGAUGAGGGAAAAUGCUUUACUGUACGUUAUGUUUUUAUUUUUCAUAUAAUGCAUAUUUAUCAGUUUUCUCUGGGUUCAUGGAUGAGAGUCAUCAUUUCUCCCUAUUCAUGUGAACUGUCGACAUUAAGAGGAUGCCCAAACCCACAGAAUUUAAACCCUGAAGAUAUGUACACUUGUGUACUGUACAAUUGUAAAUAAAAGUUCCAAAAUCAAUUCUUA